AUGUUUGCUUUUGCAGGCAUUUCGACGGAAGGUGUCAUGUUUUGUUUCAAUGAGCCGUAUACAAAUGUAGGUACCGUUGUCUUUUCCGUCUUCUUUGGUUUCGUCUCGGGGACAAUCAUCUCAGCUGGAACUGCGGCUAUCUCAACCCGCACCCAGAAUCCUCAAAACAUCGGCACGCAUAUGGGCAUGCACAUUGGUACCGCAGGGUUUACUGUCUCGAUUGGUCCACCCGUUAACGGCGCCCAGGUCGACAAUUCCAGUGGUUUCAAACAAGUGGCGAUUUUCAGUGGCAUUGUUAGCCUAGUUGGCGACGUCCUUAUGUUGAAUAGGAAGCUCGUCACUAAUAGAGGGAUUCUGGGUAAAGUGUGA